AUGGGCCGAAGCGGGUAUGAUACCACGGACCUGGGAGGACUCGCAAAGCCGAAGCGAAAGCCAACACCUGCCGCUGCGUGUAGUCCCAAGGCCGGCGGCGGCUGUCACAAGAGCAUGGGUGCGGUCUCGGCUGAGCGGGCGAGGAUGCUGCGGAUGGAGAUGCAACAGCAGCAGUCACAGCAGCAGUCACAGGCGGGAGGAGGGAACGGCGCGGGUUUUGCUGCGACUUUGACGUCGGCUUCGGCUUCGAGUGAGAAUCGGGGCGGUAGCGGUGACGGUGCUGCGUCUCAGAGGUAG